AUGGAAGAAAAUCAUACUUUUGUCAAUGAAACUUUUGAUAUAGAAAAUCAGUCUUCUACACUUUCUUCAUGUAAAAAUAAAGGAAGAAAGCAAACAACCAAGUGGGAUACCAAUUCUACUAAAGCACUUUUAACUUUUUUGGCACUGUGCAAACAAGAAAUUAAAGCAAAAGAUUCUGAAAGGCAAAGUGGUGGAGUACCUGUAGUUUUAUCUUUUAGAACUGAACUUGAUGAUAUUUUGGAUGAAAAUAGGGCUACAUUUAAACCAGUUACUCUUAUUUCCUCAGCAAGUACUGAAAAUACUGAAAUUACUAUUAAUAGACAAACUAAAAAACAUUUAUUAUGUGUAACUUCAACUGAAACAUCAACCUUGAUAGAAUCAAGUGAUGAAGAUAGACAACCACAAAAUUCUGGUACUUUAUAUACAACCAACACUUUAUCACCUGUACUUAAUUACACAUUUCAAAAUCCCCCUCAAAAAAAUACUGAAUUUAAUAAUUCUGAAUUUAUUAAUAAUCAAUUUGUUCAUUAUAAUUAUAAUCCUAAUUCACAAAAUAGAAAUCAAUUUAAUAACAAUUUAUAA